ACAUAUUGAUAAUACAUAUUUUACAUUCAAAUUCUCAUGCAACUUUCAUGCUACAUAAUAUAUACACAUAAUAUUCUCAGGCGUGUUCUGAUCGACAUUUUUUUCGUGUUGAUGAUUUAUACUCUUUUUUUUGAUUCUUCGAAACUCGCGAAACACCGACUUCGAUCACGUUGCGCAUUUAACAAGUAUCAGAAAACUGCGAAAUCCAACGAUAACGAUUUUAUUGCGACGGUCGUAUCGCCAGUGGUUGGCAACUCUACUUCCACCUGAUAGCCAAUCUCGCCGUUGACAGUCGCCGAUACCGCGUCGUGAUCGCGUUUCGAAUCGUCCUGUAUUAUUCCGGGAGGAAAUACGCGACGUAAUUGGUUUUCCCACGCGUUUUCCGUAGAUCUCACCUGCGCAGCACGUUUUCCUGUGCGGAAACGCGCGCGUUCUUGCAGCCAUAGUUCAUAGCUGUCGUAUUUCGCUCGCAGAAUCGAUGAGGCCCCCGUGGUACGUCGUAUGGGGUUAUAUCGCAAAAGGAAAAAAAUGAUCCGGAGCAGCGUGUCCUGUAGGAUUAUCACGGUGCUCGCGGCGAUACUCGAAAUCUCGGCUACCAAGCAUUGGUAUGUCACGGAAAAUGGGAGAAUUCAGCCACAGCACGACAGUGUCUUUGAUAUGCGUCGGCCAUACGAUCUCUUGGGAUUUCUGGAGCAGGAGAAACGCAGAGAAACAGCCAAUGCCAUAUAUAAAAAAAUCUCGAGGAAGGAAGUGUCUAUUGACAAUCAGUUCGUUGGUCUGAGUAUAGCUGAUGCUGAAAAUUCAAACUCAGAUUGUUUUCUAUGGGACAAGUCGUUGGAUAUUGAUGUACAUGCUAGUUUAAUAAUCGAUUAUAGACUCAAGGAUGGGAUAGACCAAACUGAUUACAUGCUGUAUAAUGUAGUGGCUAAUAGUAAACAGACAGUCCCAGAUUGUCAGAGAACAUUUCCAUUAGAUUUUAGUAUAUAUACAUUUGAGCAUCUUAAAGCGAUGCAGAAUCGAAAGAAUCUUACGCAGUAUGAAGAACUCGACUUAAUGAAGUAUUUACCAUUGAAUACUGAUCUCAAUCAAUUUGGUCAUCAGCUCGCUUAUAGCUUAUCUCGCAAUAAUACAUCCUGGAUAUACUUGAAUCUAGCAUCGAUUUAUUGGCGGAUCAAGGGAAAUGCUUAUAAUGCUUUAGAAUGCAGUCGUAGAGCAAUUGUAUGUGCUCCAAGGCAAUAUCGCGAUAUUCCUCUUCUGACUACUGCCGGCAUUUUACACGCUGCGAGAUAUUCUGGCGAAGCUGCGAUUAUUUUACAUGCGGCGAUAGAUCAUAAUCCAACAGAGAGUUAUCAUCACCUGGCGUUGGGCCACGUGUAUACAUCCCUCGGCGACUUUGAUCGAUCUGCAGCGUGCUACGAUAAUUGUUUGAAAUUGGCACCCGACACAUUAGAAGCCAAGCAAAUGAAAUAUGCUAUAUUAUGCCAUCGAUCUUUGGAAACAUCCCUGCUGUUAUUUGAUCAGCGCUUGCGGAAUGUAUUAACUGAAAUACAUGCGUAUCAUGAUUGGAAGGAGGAAUGGUUCAAGCUUUACGAACAUAUGCUGUGGGAACAAAAUAUUAAAUCUACCACCAGAGAAAUCAAGCUUGCUUUUGCACGAGAGCAAAAUCUACAUUUACUUGCGAUAAAUCCAGUUGAAAGGUCAAUUCAUCGUAUCGAUAACAAUAUUGUAUUAUCUUACACGGAUUUGGGAGACAGGAAAAAAAUAGCCGAGAAGAUGUUGCAAAAUGUUCAUGUUAGUUUGCAUCUGUUGAAAAAUCUACAGAAACAAGUGAAGGAACGCAAUAAUCACAUUGCGAAAGAUAUGAUACCAGAAUUAAAUGUGGAGUACAAUCAUUUAUUUGCAUCUCCAACAAAAAGUCCAAAGUAUCAUAAUAUAGAAAUUAAAAAAGGAAAUGAAGAUUUUGAAGCUGACCACUGGCCAAAAAUAUCCGACUGUGAUGGCUCUAUGUUACUGUUUGGAGAUGGAAGACAAUAUUUACCUAUUUAUUUAUCACCUGAAAAUAAAGGUUAUGCAACACAUUUAUUUGUAAAUGAAUUGAUCGAUAUUGAACCAUGGAAAAAGCAUCCUUUACCAUGGCAUCCACCGAUAUGCCAAUCACCUAAGUCAUUUAAUAAGAAGUAUAUUACACAUACGUUACUGGAUGCGAGUGUGCAACAACAUUCACCAGACACUUCUCUGAAACCAUUUCUACAUAAUUUAGUACAAUCUGCGGACUUGGCAGAAAUUGGUCAAAGAAUUUUGACGGCAACCGAGGCGAAAGUAGCAGCUCCAUGGGUAUUAUCCAUGCUCGCAUCUUUACAUUGGAGAAUAGUAGGGAAAUCACGUUUAGCUUUGGAUUGUCUUCAAUUAGCAUUGGAUAAUGUUCCUAAAGAAUUUAUGGAUGUACCUUUAGUUAGUAUAGCUUCGAUGCAUCAUAAAAUGGGUUUAAUUGAUGAUGCUUUUAGAAUUACUGACGAAGCUUUACAAAUUAAUGCUGUGGAGCCAAUGACUAAUUUUUUACUCGGUAUAUUAUUAAAUAUAAAAGGAAAUUACACAGGAGCUAUACAUUAUUUGAAACAAGCAUUAAGAGUGGAUUCACAUUUAUAUGAUGGCAGAACAUUAAUGCUAUUAAAAACAUUAGCCUGUCGUGAAAAAUUUAAUGUUAUCACAGGUAAUCGUCCAGGUAUGUAUUAAUAUGUAAUUAUCUCGUAAAGAUUUUCUAUCUUAUAUCUUUUAAAUGUUAAUGAUAUAAUCUUUUAUAUUUUAUUAUUACAUUAUUUUUUGUUUUG